UUUAAAAAUAUGAUUAUUUCGAAUGUCGAGUAGUUUAUGUAGAAAGAGUAAUUCACGACUUGAACAAAUCACGUGUGGUUCAUAAAUCUUAAUAUUAUGUCCUGUUCGAUGAAAGAAAAAAAUUGCGGUUCUGUCAUUCCAGAAACGUACUCCAAGUUAAUCUGGAUUUUCUAAUUAACCUUAUACUUAGUUUACAUUGCACGAUAUGUGGUCACAAUUAAAAUUUAUUAAGUUUAUAUAGUGUUAUACAUAAACAUAUUAUAAAUAAAUAAAUUGGAAUUAUUUGAGAUUUUAUUUAGAAUACAAAGAAGUUUUAUCAAAGCCAGACUUCUUAGUUCGACAGAAGGCUCCUAUUCUCAAAAGCAUUCAUAAAUUUAAUGAAGCAUAAAAGAAGAACAGCUCUGUGAACCGUGAAGCAUUCAUCGCUUAGAAAAAUCAAGCGACGAUCAUCCAUGUCAACAGUCGUUCAAUCAAAGAAGACAAACGUUUCUUCAUUCUGUUUGCUAUUCGAACAAUCUUCGGGCAGUAGCAUAACUCUGCUCGGACGAUUCCGCGUUAGGCCAUCGACGAGCUUGCUUUCGUCGUCCGUGGUAACAAUUAACAGCUAGUCUUUGUUCGUAGUCGUGCGUAGAAGAUUAUCUUGAGCCACUCCUUCAGACAAUUUUACUAUCCAACGGGGUCCAAAGUGAUCUAUACAAAUAAGUAAAAUUGACAAUGGGCUCGUCGAAAGAGGGGCGGAAUCAUCCAAAAGCGGUAGCCAAACGAAGAUCGACAACGUGGAGGAGAACGAUAAUGAGCCAAGACGGAACUAGACAAAUCCCGGAAGAGAGUGAAUGGGAGAGGUGACGUAUCGUUCAGCGAUGCGCAAGAGACGUGGCCUGGCCAGUGCCGUUCUGGGCCUGACAGUGGGUCUCGUGUGUGGCCUUCUGAUCGGUGGUUAUCGGAUACUCGUGUCAAACAAUCUUCAGCGAUCUGGUUGGCCAUCAUCCUCAUCAUUCUCGAUAGUUUCUCCUACACUGAGCAGUUUGAUACUAGAACCGACGGUACGAAAUAUGCCAAAAUUGUCGGAUGAUGAACGUAUUAACAGUUCUUCCGAUAGUCUGGUCUUUGUCGGUGUUAUGACAGCAAAGAAAUAUCUCGAAACGAGAGCUAAAGCAGUUUACGAGACUUGGGGUAAAGAAUUACCAGGUAAAAUAGCCUUUUUCUCGUCGGAAAGUUCAAUCGUGCCAGGAAAUUGUCCUGAUCUACCAUUGGUACCGCUUCCCCGAGUCGACGAUAGUUAUCCACCACAGAAGAAAUCCUUCAUGAUGUUGCAAUACAUGUGGAACCAUUAUGGCGACCGCUUCGAAUGGUUUUUCAGAGCGGACGAUGACGUUUAUGUUAGAACCGAUCGUUUAGAGAGUUUUCUUAGGUCCAUCGAUUCAAGGAAACCUAUGUAUAUUGGACAAGCUGGUAGAGGUAAUUCCGAGGAGUUUGGAUUAUUAUCUCUUGAAUAUGAUGAAAACUUUUGCAUGGGUGGCCCCGGUGUUAUUCUUUCGAAAGAAACGCUUAGAAGAAUAGUUCCUCAUAUCAAGUAUUGCUUACAACAUCUUUACACCACUCAUGAGGACGUCGAGUUGGGUAGAUGUGUUCAAAAGUAUGCUGGGAUUCCUUGCACUUGGAGCUAUGAGAUGCAAUCAAUCCUUUAUCAUAAUAGCAGUGGAGAUCAGGCGUUUACGGGUAAUCUCAAGAGAAAGGAAGUACAUCGUGCCAUUACUUUACAUCCUAUAAAAACUUCUCCAUACAUGUACAGACUUCAUAAUUAUAUGAGGGGAUUAAAAGUACAAGACUUGCAACAAGAAAAAAUUAAGUUGCAAAGAGAUAUCUAUACGAUGACAAAAGAAUUGAGUAUUAAUCUCGAUCACUUGAGAAAUUACCAAUUGGCUGAUGCUGUAUCGCUCUUCCCUGUCAACCCUUAUUCCGAGAAUUAUCCUGGUGACACGGAAAUAUUAGGUGUUCCCCUUGGAAUUCGUACCUUUAAACCAACUAUAAGCGACGAAGUCAUCCCUUGGGAUUUCAUUUCAAAGUCGGAAUAUAGCUUGAGCGAUUUCAAUCCUAGAAGACGAAUCCACAGUGACAUUAAAGAGGGUUUGGAGGAUAUUACUAGGGAAGUAAUGGCUUCUAUAAAUGCCUGCUCGAGACAACGUGGUCGGGUAGUCGACGAACGAUCUGCUCUUUAUGGUUACAGAAGAGUGAACUCCUAUGGCGCUGACACAAUUUUAGAUCUACUUUUGGUCUAUCGUAAAUAUAGAGGCAAAAAAGUCACUUUGCCAGUUAGAAGACAUAUUUAUCUUCAUCAACAUUUUACCGGAUUAGAAAUACGAGAAGUGAUAUAUGAUGAAGGAUUUAAGAAAGAUGAUCAAGAAAACGAAGAAAGAUCUGUACAAAAUAUUUUACAUAGGAAAUUCCUAGAUUUAAAUUUCAAAUCUCGUAAAAAUGUGAAUACUAUACAAGAAAAAAUCAUACAUUUCAUAUUACCCUUGUCCGGACGAUACGAAGUAUUUCAAAGAUUUUUACAAAAUUACGAAGAAGUGUGCUUAACGAGUGGUGAAAAAACAGAAUUAUUGGUAGUAUUAUAUCAACAUAAAAUAGAGGAUUCUUUGAACAAAACGAUAGAUUUAAUUGAACAAUUGAAGUACAAAUAUCGCAGUGCUAGUAUUGACGUAAUUUUAGGUUCUGGAGAAUUUGCAAGGGCUAAUGCUCUUCACGAAGGAGUUACUAAAAUGAAAGACGAAGAUUUAUUAUUCUUCAUUGACGUAGAUAUCGUUUUUACAAGUUCUGCUCUAUAUCGUAUACGAUUAAAUACAUUAAUGAAUAGGCAAAUUUAUUUUCCUAUAGUUUUUAGUGAAUACGAUCCAAAGAUCGUUUAUGAAAGUUCAAAGAAACAUGACAAAUAUGUUAUUACGGAAAUUGCUGGUUAUUGGAGGCAAUUUGGUUUUGGUAUUGUAUCAUUAUAUAAAAAAGACUAUGAUGUCGUUGGUGGGUUUGAUUUAUCGAUUCGAGGUUGGGGUAAAGAAGAUGUAGUAUUUUUUGAGAAGGUCGUUAAGUCAAAGAUAGAAGUUUUUAGAGCAGCUGAUAGAAAUUUGAUUCAUGUGUUCCAUGAUGUCGAGUGUGGCAAAGAACUCUCUGAUACGCAAUUAUCAAUGUGUAUGGGUACUAAGGCUGACACUUAUGCAGGACUCGAAACACUCGCUAAAAUUAUUUAUGAAAAUCCUGAAUACUUAAAAUUUGCCAAGGAAAGACGAUUAAAAUUAACGAAGGCUAGAUCUUGAUACUAAUAAGCCAAAAAUUACAAAAACGAAUAAUAUAUAUAAAAAUAAUUUAUAUAUAUAUUAUUUCAAGAUAAUGUGUUCUAUUCACUGUUUUAAGUGUACAUACACAUUAAUUUAGUUGUUUCUUUUUUUUAAUUUAUUAUUUACGCCAAAUAUUUUACAUUUUAUUAUACAUUUACAUGUAAAUGCCAUUAUUAUGCGUAAUAUAUAAUUUUCAAAGUUAUUUUUAUACGUAUAUGUAAAAAAAACAGUAAAAUUUUACCGUACCAUUAGAUCAUAAUGUUUGUUACAAACAUAAGUUAAUACUAGUAUCAUCAAAGAACGGAACUAUAAAAUAAUCAGAAUUUGACAAUAAAUAAAUAGUGAUGUUCCAUCCAUAGAACUCUUAUAGAGAUCUUACAUUUAUAGAUGUACAUGAACUAUGAAGAAAUACAAAAUUACAAAGACAAUAUGUAUGAUGAUAAUACUCAUGACUAAUAAUAAGUGCACCUGAAUGUGCGAUCGCUUUACAAAUGCAUUCAUUAUCUCAACAAAUAAUUGUGAUAUUAUUGUGCUUUUAUUUAAUUAUAGUGUCACAAAUUAUUAUCAUAUAAGUAAUAUAUACUACAUAAUAUUAUUAUGAUACUAUAUAAUAAUAUAUUUUCUAUGUUAAUAUACAUUAUGUUAUCAAAUCGCUAUACUGAAAAAUAAAUACAUAAAUAUUUUAAGUAAAUCUACGUUAAAUAGAUUUAUAUAAAUGAAAAUGUAUUUUUUAUACAACAUAGGAUUGUCUCUCCGCUCUUAUGUUUCAAUUUUCCAUAAUUUAUUUUAAAAACUUGACAGCAAAAGCACAUAAUUUGCUUUAUAUGCUGUUAUUAAAUGUCAUACUUUAACACAAUUUAUAAUUCAUAAUGUUUUUUCGCACUCAAUACUUUCACAAACUGUUUUUAAAAUGUUGCAAUCGUUGACAACUGUCAUAGUCUGAUCGUUAAAAAGUAUGAUCGGCCUCAUUCAUAAGUAUCGUGAAAGUCACCUUACGGAUAAAUAACCUCAGAAAUAAACAUAUAAUGAAGCUUAUCAAAAAGCAAAUAAGCGGACAAAUAUAUAGAAGUUGUAAAUAAAAAACAUAAUAUAGUAUUUUAUCUGUUUCUUCGUAUGAACUUCGCAUAAACAUUUGUAUAAAUUAUACAAUUGUAAAAGUAUUAUGCUGUAUUAAGACCAUGUUAAAAGAGACCAUAAUAACAAUAAUGCCUAAUUUGAAA